UUCUUCACUUAUGUCGCAUAAAAAAGAUUCCUCCUAAAUUUGCAGAGUUGCAAGUGAAAGCUAAGAAGGUAACCAAAUGGAGUCAAAUGGAGUCACAAAGCAACACAUCAAUAAUGGCAAAGGGGGUUGGUUCAGUUCCUUCCUAAUUUUAGGAACAAACAUGGGAUUAAGCAUAGCAUCAGGAGCUUGGAGUUGCAACUUAAUUGUGUUUCUUAUUACUGUUUUCAAUGUGAAGAGCAUCGCUGCUGCCCAAAUCAACAACAUCAUCAACGGUUUCACCACUCUUUGCCCAUUCAUUGCAGCCGUUUUUGCUGAUUCGGCUUUUGGUGCUUUCUCUGUCUCAUUUGUUUCUUCCAUUAUAUCAUUAUUGGGCGUACUUAUAUUUACCCUCAUAGUUACUAUCAAGUCAAUGAGGCCACCUCCAUGCGCACAUAACUCAACUUGUUUACCUCCUACAACCUUUCAAUAUGCAUUUCUCUAUAUAUCUCUUAUACUAGCAUCGCUUGGAGUCGGAGGAUCACGUUUCUUACUCGGAACCAUGGGGGCAGAUCAACUCGAUAAGCCUAAACAUCAAGCAAUGUUUUUCAAUUGGUUUGUCUUCACAUUAUAUUUUAGUUGGAUCAUAGGGUACACCCUUCUAAUUUAUAUCCAAACUAGUGUAAAUUGGGCACUUUCCUUCUUCAUUGCUCUUGCCGCGAAUGUGAUUGUUGUUGCCCUCUACUUAAUCGGAUCACGAUUCUAUCGUACAUAUCCACCUCAAGGAAGCCCUUUCACAAGCAUAGCAAGGGUUAUUGUCGCGGCCAUGAGAAAUAAUACAAGAAUAGUUGAAGAAAGUUGUUACCUCUAUGAAAACGAGAACUCAAAAUUGUCUCAUGGACAGCCUAGUAAAAGUCUCAGGUUUUUAAAUCGAGCGGCAUUAAUAAAACAAGGUGACAACCGGGCAAGAGACACCAUAACAAAAUCAUGGAGCCAAUGCACAAUGGAAGAAGUAGAAGACUUAAAGAAGCUUUUUAAAUUAAUGCCACUAUGGUCAAGUAGCAUGCUUCUAAGUGCUGCAAUAGGAAUUAUUUUGAGCAUCACGGUACUUAUGGCAUUAGUCAUGGAUAGAAGUGUUAAUUCUCAUUACAAAAUUCCACCCGGAACUUUCGUAGUUGUCACCUUUGUAUUCACGGCUAUCACAUCUCCAAUUUUCGAUCGAUACAUAACCCCUACGUACAAAAAACUCACUGGUCGUCGUUUGACAUUUUUACAAUGUAUCGGAGUUGGACAUGUUUGCAACAUUCUUGCUACGAUAACCUUUGCUCUAAUUGAGAGAAGACGACUUAACUUAAUCGAGGUCUACCACUUGAAGGACCAACAAAAUGUCGUAGCACCACUAUCGGCCUUAUGGCUCAUAAUUCCAUUAGUCAUAACGGGAAUUGGAGAAGGAUUUUCCUUUUCUCCGGAGGUGGCGUUGUACUAUCAAGAAUUUCCGAAGUCACUAAGAAGUACUUCGACAUCUAUGAUAUCGUUGCAUAUAGCUGCUGGCUUUUACAUUAGCUCGGCAUUCAUCAAUUUGGUUGGUCGCACAACCUCUUGGUUGCCUAAUGAUAUAAACCAUGGAAGGGUUGAUAAAGCAUGUUGGACACUUGCAAUUGUAAUAACGGUGAACUUCGCUUACUUCCUUGUUUGUGCUAAAUUGUACAAAUAUAAUAAUCCUAGUUCAGAAUCAGAUAAUGGAAACACUAUGACUAUUUAAGCUUAAAGUUUUUUUUUUUUUUUUUAAUUAAUUUAUUGAAAUGGCUUGUAAAUGUUUGCUGUAAUGUCAUUUUGAGGUUCGAAUAAUAUUCCACUUUUUGACUAAAGUUUAA